CGGAGACUGCCAGGAGGAUUAUAAAGUUUUCAACGGUGCCUCCUUAAGAAGUGUGAUGAGAAAUGGCUUUGGGAAACAACACCCAGAGAAGUUACUCCAUCAUCCCCUGCUUCAUCUUUAUUGAGCUUGUCAUCAUGGCUGGGACUGUUCUGCUUGCCUACUAUUUCGAGUGCACCGAUACUUUUCAGGUGCAUAUCCAAGGUUUCUUCUGUCAGGAUGGCAAUUUGAUGAAACCAUACCCUGGAACAGAGGAUGAGAGCUUCAUUUCACCUCUGGUGCUCUACUGUGUGCUGGCUUCGACUCCGACAGCUAUUAUUUUUAUUGGGGAGAUAUCCAUGUAUUUCAUAAAGUCAACCAGAGAAGCCCUAAUUAUCCAAGAGAAAACUAUUUUGACUGGAGAGUGCUGUUACCUGAACCCACUGCUUCGAAGAAUCAUACGUUUUAUAGGAGUGUUUGCAUUUGGACUUUUUGCCACUGACAUAUUUGUAAAUGCUGGCCAGGUUGUGACUGGGAACUUGGCUCCAUACUUCCUGACUGUGUGUAAACCCAACUACACUGGAAAUGACUGUCGGACCCACCACCAGUUCAUCAACAAUGGCAACAUCUGCACUGGGGAUGUGGAGGUGAUUGAAAAGGCCAGGAGAUCCUUUCCAUCCAAACAUGCUGCUUUAAGCAUCUACUCAGCUUUAUAUGCCACGAUGUACAUCACAAGCACAAUUAAAACAAAGAGCAGCAGGCUAGCCAAACCUGUCUUGUGCCUGGGCACCCUGUGUGCUGCAUUCCUCACCGGGCUGAAUCGAGUUUCCGAGUAUCGAAACCAUUGUUCAGAUGUGAUCGCAGGCUUCAUCCUGGGAAGUGCAGUCGCCUUGUUUCUGGGGAUAUGUGUUGUCCAUAACUUUAAGGGCACCCAUGGAGCUCCUUCUAAACCGAAGCCUGAAGACCCACGAGGAAUGCCAUUAAUGGCUUUUCCAAGAGUUGAAAGUCCUCUGGAGACACUGAGUGCACAGGUACUGUAA